AUGGCUGCAAAAAAUCAUAUCUAUCAUAUUUCACUGGCAUUCCUUUUCUGCAUGGUAUUCUGGGUUUUCCAAGUCACAUGUCGCUCUCUUCCAGAUGCCUCCAUGUAUGAGAGGCAUGAACAGUGGAUGAUUCGUUAUGGCAGAGUGUAUAAGGACCCUCAGGAAAGGGAAAAGCGUUUCAGGAUAUUCAAAGAAAAUGUGAAUUUCAUUGAAGCCUUCAACGCUGCUGCCAAUAAACCUUACGAGCUAGGCAUUAAUAAAUUUGCAGACCUCGCCAACGAGGAGUUCAUAGCAUCCAGAAAUAGGUUCAAGGGGCGUAUGUGUUCCUCAAUCAUAAGGACAACCACUUUUAAGUAUGAAAAUGUGACUGCAAUCCCAUCCACAGUGGAUUGGAGGCAAAAGGGUGCAGUGACACCCGUCAAGGACCAAGGUCAAUGUGGAUGUUGUUGGGCAUUUUCCGCGGUUGCAGCAACUGAAGGAAUUCAUGCACUGACUUCUGGAAAGUUGAUCUCUUUGUCAGAACAAGAACUUGUUGAUUGUGACACAAAGGGUGUAGACCAAGGUUGUGAAGGUGGUCUUAUGGAUGAUGCUUUCAAAUUCAUCAUCCAAAAUCAUGGACUCGACACUGAAGCCAAUUACCCGUAUAAGGGUGUUGAUGGAAAAUGCAAUGCAAAGGCAGAAGCCAUCCAUGCUGCUACCAUUACUGGCUACGAAGAUGUUCCUGCUAACAAUGAGAAGGCCCUUCAGAAAGCUGUUGCAAAUCAACCAGUUUCAGUAGCCAUUGAUGCCAGUGGUUCUGCUUUUCAGUUUUACAAGAGUGGUGUUUUCAGCGGUGCAUGUGGAACUGAGUUAGAUCACGGUGUCACUGCAGUGGGUUAUGGUGUUAGCAACAAUGGGACUCAGUAUUGGCUGGUAAAGAACUCAUGGGGAACAGAGUGGGGUGAAGAAGGGUACAUUAGGAUGCAAAGGGGUGUAGAUGCAAAGGAAGGACUGUGUGGCAUAGCCAUGCUAGCAUCUUACCCUACUGCAUAA